GGCGGUGGGGGUGGAGCCCCGGGCUUGCCCCGCCCACACUGGCUCCAACUGGGGCUCGGAACCCAGCGGACCGAGCAACGGGUUAGCCAGGAUGGCAGCUUCUGCGCUUCGUCUGUGGGGUGCCCGCGGACUGCUAAGAAGAAACUUCCCAACUUGCCUGUCUUCUUGGAAAAUCCCUCCUCAUGUCCUAAAAUCCUCCCAGCCAGAAGCUGUACUCAGCAUAGCAAACAACGCCCUGCCCUUUGCACCUCUGCAAACAUUUACAGAUGAGGAAACAAUGUUGAAGCAAGCAGUUAAAAAAUUUGCACAAGAACAAGUUGCUCCUUUGGUUUCAACCAUGGAUGAAAAUUCAAAAAUGGAGAAAUCAAUAAUCCAAGGAUUAUUUCAACAAGGGUUGAUGGGCAUUGAAGUUGAUGCCAAAUAUGGUGGAACAGGAGCUUCAUUUUUCUGCUCUGUCCUAGUGAUAGAGGAAUUAGCCAAAGUUGAUGCAUCCGUGGCUCUCCUGUGUGACAUCCAAAACACAAUAGUUAACAACCUGCUUAAAAAACAUGGAACACAAGAGCAAAAGGCCACCUAUUUUCCCAAGCUGGUUACAGAAAAAUUAGGAAGCUUCUGCCUUUCUGAAGCUGGAGCUGGGAGUGACUCCUUUGCUUUGAAGACCAGAGCUGAUAAAAAUGGAAAUUAUUAUGUCAUCAAUGGGUCAAAGAUGUGGAUUAGCAAUGCUGAGCAUGCAGGACUCUUCCUGGUUUUUGCAAAUGCAGACCCCACCAGUGGGUAUAGAGGAAUCACCUGCUUCUUAGUAGAUCGGGAUACAGAAGGUCUUCAUAUAGGGAAAACAGAAAACAAAAUGGGGAUCCGAGCUUCUUCCACCUGCCAGUUAACAUUUGAAAAUGUCAAGGUUCCAGAAACCAAUAUCUUGGGACAAGUUGGACACGGUUAUAAGUACGCCAUAGGAAGUCUUAACGAGGGUAGAAUAGGAAUUGCAGCACAGAUGCUAGGGCUGGCCCAAGGAUGUUUUGACUACACUAUUCCAUACCUUAAAGAAAGGAUACAAUUUGGAAAAAGAAUAUUUGAUUUCCAGGGGCUCCAACACCAAGUGGCGCAUGUAGCCACCCAGCUGGAAGCUGCAAGAUUACUAACGUACAACGCUGCUAGACUCUUGGAAGCCGGAAGGCCAUUUAUAAAAGAAGCAUCCAUGGCGAAAUACUAUGCAUCAGAGGUCGCAGGGCUCACAACAAGUAAGUGCAUUGAGUGGCUGGGCGGAGUCGGCUACACCAAGGAUUACCCUGUGGAGAAAUUCUUCCGGGAUGCAAAGAUUGGUACAAUAUAUGAAGGAACGUCCAACAUCCAGCUAAACACCAUUGCUAAGCACAUCAAAUCAGAAUACUGAUGUUGGAGGCCACACAGCAUGCCAGUUUCAAUUCUUGUGCCUUGUUGAGAGUGAGCCUUGAGCACUGCAGUGUUCCCUUGCAGCCCCUUGGUCCUCGGGCUCAGCCCUCGCUCUUUUCUCUUUCUAGUCUACUCUAAAGCUGCUUUUGAACUGUACACAUUUGUAUUUCUCAUCCCAGUUGCAGAGUAUCCAGAAGUUUCACUGUAGCCACAAUGGGAAGAUGGAAAACAUUUGAACCAUUACUGACAGUCAUUUUCUAUUCCUACUAAAUCUUUGUGUCGUGGUCCAAGUCAGAGAUACCUUUGUUACAGGAGGAGACAGCUUUCACUCAGUACUUUACAGAUUCACUGUAAGGUACUAAACAAGGUAGAAACUAAUACCUU